CUGCAGCACCAGGGACACCAACAACACCAACACCUCCUCCCUCCUGCUCCAUCUAAACAGCGCCACCAGGUUGCAGACAUGUCCUCAGAGGUCCUGCAGGUUGCUGCUCUGGGCCAGCCGUUCACUCUGGGGAUGCUCUAUGAUGCUCGAAGAGACAGUAUCACUUCAGGACUCCCAUUGUGGGAUCAAACAACGAUACAAGCAAACACAACUGAUUCCCUUCAGAGCAGCAGUGCCUUUGAGAUCUCUGCGUCCGACUCCACUCAGUCCAAAUCGUCCCUCCUGGAUGUUGAAGCUUCAGUGAAAGCCAGUUUCCUCGGAGGUCUGAUUAAAGUCGGAGGAUCUGCCGAAUACCUGACAGACCAGAAGAAGUUCAUGAACCAGAGCAGAGUAACCUUUCAGUACAAAGCCACCACCCACUUCAAACAGCUGUCAAUGACUCGUCUCAGUGCAGAUGAAGGUUUGAUUGAGAGAAGUUCUGCUACUCAUGUGGUCACUGGCAUCCUUUAUGGGGCAAACGCUUUCUUUGUGUUUGACAGUCAGAAGUUAGACUCCAGCAAUGUCCAAAAAAUCAGUGGCAGCAUGCAAGCUGUGAUCAAGAAGAUUCCUACCUUCAAUGUGGAGGGACAAGCUCAGAUCCAGCUGACCGACGAAGAAAAAGCCCUGGUUCAGACGUUCUCCUGUAAGUUUUAUGGCGAUCUCAAUCUUCCAAGUAACCCGACAACAUUUGAAGAAGCUGUGAAGACCUACGUAGAGCUGCCAAAGCUGCUGAAGUCACAGGCAGAGAAACUCGUUCCCUUGAAGGUUUGGCUGAUGCCUCUGACAAAUCUGGCUUCAACAGCUCCGAAGCUCAUGAGCGGCAUCAGUGUUGGUCUGGUGAGGAAGGUUGAAGAAACUCUGGAAGACAUGAAGCAGAUGAAAUCCAGAUGUAAUGAUGCUCUGGUUGAUGAAAUAAUUGAGAAAUUUCCACAGAUUAAAGAAGACCUAAGUCGUUACCAGAAGCUGUGUAAUGACUACACAUCUAACCUCCGAAAGACCCUGGAGACAAAGCUUCCCUCCAUCCGUGAAGGCAACGAGGAUGAGAGCUCAUUGAGACAACUCUUUGACAGCAGAGACACGUCACCGUUUAGUCAUGAAAAACUACUCAAGUGGCUGGAGGGUAAAGAGAGAGAAAUCAACAUCAUGAGGUCCUGCGUGGAAAUAAUGGAGGGAAUCAAGAUCGUCCACAAUCAGUCCGAACUGGAUCGAGAAGUUCUCAAUCCAGGUAUCAAAGAAGCUCUGUGCUUUGUGUUCACCUCUUUGGAAAGUGCUGACCCCUGUCUGGAUGCAAUGGCUCAAUUCCUGGAUUCAGUUCAGUCCAGCAGCGCCAAUGACGUCCCGUGGUACUACUCAGAGGAGGUGUUCAACCGAAUCACAGAAAAAGCCAAAAUCUUCCACGAACUUGCAACUAAGUUCAAGAACAACAGUGAGUUUCGCUUUCUGGUGGCAGCCAUCAAAAAUGACAAACACAUCGGAGCAACGAUCUACCAGUACAAAGACGCCAAGAUGAUCACUGAAGAUUUUACUGUGAAGGAUGUGCUUGGUCCUGUGGAGAAAAUCACAGAUAAAGAAGAUCUGAUCUGGUACUCCUGUGACCUGACUGUGGACCAAGACACUGUGGGCAACGAGCUCAUUCUGUCUGAGGAAAACAAGAAGGUCACAAAUGACGGUCAAACGUCCUACCCUGACAACCCAAGAAGGUUUCCAGUACCGCAGUUCAUGUGCCGAGAGGCCUUGACAAGACGCAGUUACUGGGAGGUCGAAUGGAGCCACAGUUCCAGAGAAGCAGUCAUUACAGGGGUCGCCUACGAGAGAAUUCAAAGGAGCGAUAAGCUUUGUAUUGUGGGAUAUAACUAUGACUCAUUAGGUCUUGGUCAUGCUGUAGUUGAGGAUCCACCCCCUAAACUACUCGCUUUUUUUGGUAGUAUGAAGGCAGUUUGGAAGGAACCCUGUCCCCCUGGCUGCACCCGGGUAGGAAUAUUUCUGGACUGGCCUGCUGGAAGUCUUUCCUUCUACAUGGUGUCCUCAAACCAGCUGACUCACCUCCACACCUUCCACACUCGCUUCUUCUAUCCAGUUUAUCCAGCCUUCUGGAUUGGAAGAUCCUCUAAUUAUGUUGAUCUGCGUCAAAAUUUAUGAAAAACCUAUGGUCAUGAGCAGGAUGUGGCCUGUUGGGUUUUGGGAGGGAUAUGUCCUUCAUCUAUGAAGGGCAAGUUUUAGUGAAUUAAUUUUGUCUUGGAGGAUAAGAAAGAACAUUAUUCUCAAAGUUUAAAUCUUCAUUUAUUUCUUCAUUUAAUUUGUACGAAGUAUUCAAGAAAGUGGAUGAUAAGUCAAACAUUUACUCCUGUCUUCUUUGACACAAACUGUGUUCAGACCUUCACACUGCAAAAAAAAAAAGAUGUUUUCAAAAGAACAGUGAAGAACAUGAAGUGAGAAGUUCCUCCAACCUGGUUCCACUGUUGGGUUUGUCAUUACUUGAUUAUUUUAGAAGAUCGAGAAUCAAUAUGUUGUGAU